GACCCCCUAAACCCCAUUAAAGCCCCUUUACCCCCCCAGAAAACCACGUACGUGUGGCGGGAGCCACGGCUGUGCCACGGGGGGGUCGCGCUGCCCCCGCAGGAAUCGCGGCCGUGUCGGAGCGUGGAUUUUUGGCUCAAAGUGGGAAUUUCCACGGGCACGGGCCUGGCCGUGCUGCUGGCCGUGCUCGCCGCCUAUUUCUGGAAGAAGCCCCAAAGGCUGGAAUACAAGUAUUCCAAGCUGGUGAUGGACGCGGCGGCGCGGGAGGGAGAGGCGGCGUCCCCCGACAGCUGCGCCAUCAUGGAGGGCGAGGAUGCCGAGGACGAGCUGCUCUUUGCCACCGAAAUGUCGCUUUUUGGGAAACUUCGGGCCCUGAAGGCCAAGCGGAUGCCAGACGGGUUCGACUCGGUGCCGCUCAAGAGCUCGUCCAGCAGCAUCGACCGGGAGCUGUGACGGGGCAGGGUGGGCCCCCUGUGCCCCCCACCCCCCACCGUGGCCUUAGGGACCCUCUUGGAGCUGGAGCUCCCUCAUGGCUUUUGUACGUCGUGUCCCCUCGUAUCCCCACCCCUGUGACCCCCCCCAAGUGCCCCAAAAUGCCA